UGAUGGCAGCCCAGCUCUGGCCGGACGCGUACUUCCCGGCGGAGAGGGCAGCCUCCGGCAGGAGGAGGAGGAGGGCCGCUGCCACGACCGACGACGAAUUCGAGGCAGAGUUCCAAGUUUUUGCGGAGGAGGAGGACGACGACUAUGCGGCUCCUCCGGCGGCGGCGUGUGCAGCCGUUGCUUUGAGCUCCAGGCGGCGCCGCGUAGCCGGUGCCAAGAGCACCAAGUACAGACGCGUACGCCGCCGGCUGUCGGGCAGAUGGGCGGCAGAGGACACCCAGCAGCGGCAGCGCGUGUGGCUCGGUACGUGCGGCGGCGACGCCGAGGAGGCCGCCCCAUUGUACGACAGCGAAACCCGUCGGGUGCGCGGGAAGAGCGCUAGGCUCGACUCCCCGAACGAAGGCUGUUCUCGCCGGCGAAGCCUGCCGGGGAUCAUCGACCUCAACCAGCCGCCCGCCGUUUCCGAUGACCACAUGGUCAGUGCCGAUGCAGACGCGUGCAAGACGAAGAUCAUGCAGCUGAUCGCGGAGGGUCCUCGCGGGGAGCGGGUGGCGAGCCUCGUGUCCGAGCUGAUGGACGGAGCGCACCAAGGGAGCGAAACCAGAGCGUCCGUGGUGGUGAUGCGGUGUGCGGCGUUGAUCUCCAGAUGCAGCCGCGAGAUGGAAGAGGUUGCUGCGCUGAGGAGGGACCUCGAGAACCGCGCGAGGCGGCUGGAUGAGCGGAAAGAUCAACUCGUUAGGAUAGCUUCUCUUCUGGGUUCUGAACUUCUGAUUGACUGAUAUCAUCGGGUAUGUUUGAGCCUGUUUGUUCGUGGAAGU